AUGGUGAAAUGCGGUUGUGGAUUUGCAGUUGCAACAAGGACAUCAUGGACUCAUGAUAACCCAGGCAGAAAGUUUAGAGCUUGCAAAUUUUACAACCAUGAAACAGGUCAAAGGAGGUGUAAAACGUUUGAGUGGGUUGAUGAGGGCCAAACUGAUUGGCAAAGAGAAGUCAUGUAUGUGCUUGUUGCAGAGAAGCAUAGGUUAGCCACUGAUAACAUCAUCAUCAAGGCAAGGCUGGUUUGUGUGGAGCAUGAAAAGAAUAGGCUAAAUCAUGACCUUGAGAAGCUGAGGAAGAAGCCAUUAAUGAGGAAGAAAGAAUCUUUUGCUAGGAAUGAAACUGUAGGUUGUAAAAUGGUUUCCAUUUGUGUUUUACUUUAUGUAAUUGUGAGUUUCAUGUUUGUGAAAGUGUUUGUGUGGCUGUGCUAUGUAAUAUUGACCAAAUGUCAUGGUCCUUCUAUGGAACGAAAAGACUGUGUUUUUUUUCCCUAA